AUGGGUCGUGGAGGGAAAAUUGAAGUAAAUGCUUACUCAGGGGCUGCUAAAGAGGAGGAGGAUAAGAAUUCCAUUAAAGGGAAAGGUUGUUUGCGAUUAGGGCAAUUGAGUGAUGUGGUGAUGGAGACAGCGCGCUUAGUGGUGAGAAGGAAAAGAACAAGUUUGGGGGGCGUCAGAGACGGAUGGUUAGAGCGGGAGCGAACAAGAGAGGAGGGUCAUGCGUGGGGCAACCUGUUUGAUGAAAUGCCACUGACAACAUUCAAGAUUUUAGUUUCGAAACCUGACGCUGAUGAUAAUGGGUGA